AUGGCAGAGGGAUUCCCAGAGGUGUUUUUCCCGCUGCGUCUCGUCCUCUGCGACAGCGCGUCUUCUCCCGUGCUGUGUGCGCAGGAGCGGCUCUGUCCUCAGUCCAGAAUAUUUACACGACUAUCAAGAUCUCACUGGGUGCUGAAAAGGCUGAGCUGUUGGCUCAUUCUUCUCCAGCUACCAGCUGUUCCUCCUGCCCUGGCAUGUACGAGUGAUCUACAAAGAUGGCACAGGCCAAGAACACAGGGGAUCCACCCUGAACCUGCCAGCAAAGUCAUAGUGCGAAAGCCCAAAACUGUGGGGAAACGAUGUCUGCAGUCUACACUCUACAGAGCUUUCCCAGGACCACUUCCUGACCCCGACAUCAUCGCAUCGGGAGAGAAAUUAUGCCAGCUGGAGUCCCCGCCACUCAUAGCUCUUGUUUUAGAAGGUCUCUCAACUUUGGAGCUGGUUCCGUCCAAAUUUGGGCCUGUGCCUCGAGGCUCACCAAUGUCUUACCAGUGCCCACCUGAGAAGUCCUGCGACGUCAUCAUUAUACACCACACAGCUCCAGACUUCCCUGCUCUUCCUUUGAUGUUUCACAGUCUUACAAACAUGUGUUUUGUGCCUACUCUUGGUCAACUUAGAGGAAAUGAGAGCGCACGUCGUGUCCGGACGACUUCACUCGAAAUUGGGUUCCUGUGUAGACUAGCGACAAGAAGCCAUCCCUCAAUUUGCUGCUUUGUGGGUGGUUGUCAUCCCCUGCGAAGACUAAGGGUUUCCGCCAGACCUCCUCCACGACCUUUUCGAAGGGAUUGUUCCGGUGGAGCUCGCUCAUUGUCUCAAAGGGGAAAAAAAUAUGGAGUCAACUGGACUUAA